AUGGACUCGCCCGGCACUCCCUCUUCGCUUUCCACCAAACGCAAGAAGCAGCCAACCGAUGAUGAAGAGGGUCAAGGCGGCAACAAGAAACCGCGCACGCGAGUGAGCUACUCGUGCGGAGAAUGCCAUCGUAGGAAACAAAAGUGCGACCGUCAAAUACCAUGUUCGCAUUGCCGCGCUCGCAAAGUUCCGGAGCUUUGCAAGGCCUACACGCCUGGAAAGCCCGAUCAGGAUAUCCAUCUACGCCUCGCACGGCUCGAACACAUCAUCGAAAUCGCCCUACCCCAGUACGCCUCCCGGUCCGGCACGGCCGACCGGCGGUCGCCUUCGCCCAGUGGGGGACACUCCCAGGCGGACGAGGAUGACCUGAGCGGCGGCCACUUCCAGAGCGGACGCUGGUACGGCAACACUGCGUCGGGCAGCAUAGCCCCUGGCUCUCUGCUAGAACAGCUUCAACAUGCCGUUCCAGGCGCCAGCAUGGCCGCCAUACACGACGACAAAAACGUCAACGAGCUCGCCGCUACGGUCAUCGACAGCGUUCGGCAGGACGUUGAACCCACGCCAGCUGAUAAUCUCAAGGCGCUUAUCCAGGAUUGUGGCGUUGCACCUCACAAAAUUACCGAGCUAGUGCAAGAGCUCCCGCCUCAGCGUUUCUCGACGGCGCUCAUCGACUUCUACUUCACCGCAGUAAACUGGACGCGGUACCCCAUCUCAGAGCGAGACUUCCGACAAUCUUACUCCUCUGUGUGCACGAACGGUGUAAGCGCCCACCCGAACGAUGUGCGCUUCCUGCCGCUGCUGUUCGUCGUGCUCGCAAUCUCCGUCCGAUUAUCCCCCGACCACAUCGGAGGGGAUGCCCGCAACCGGCGACUAACCUCGCUGCGGUACUACUGGGCCUCGAGACGUUCGUUACUCAUAGCUGCAGCUAUUCAACCGGAUUCAUUAGACAUGGUCCUCACGCGAUUGCUGAGUGCACGCUUUCUGACGUUCGAUCGGCGUAUCACCGAAUGUUGGAGUCAACUGGGUGCAGCUGUCCGUACCGCCCAAGCCUUGGGCUUGCACAGGGAUGGCGGUAACAUGAAUAUGGAACCAUCACAAGUCGAGUACCGGCGUCGCGUCUGGUCAUUUCUGUACCACGCAGACAGAUCGUACGCACUCGUACUCGGCCGUCCCAACGCGAUACAAGACGUUUAUACCUCAACCCAUCCUCCACUCAACGUUGAGGGUGACGUGACCGUUGCAGACCUGCGCAACCCCCCUGCGCUAUCUGUACCUACUCGCCUAACCUUCGUCAUUCUGCGGCACGCACUGGCUGUGAUCAUCGGCAAAAUAGUGCAUCAUUUCCAGCAAGUGCGACACGCAAGCACGUAUUCGGACGUCAUCGCGCUUGACGAGGAGCUGCUCAAGUUUCUCAACACUCUCCCGCCCCAUUACUCCAUGACGCCCGAUACCUCCCUCGACCAGUCACACCCGUUCAUCCCCGCUCACCGCUUCCUCAUCAUCACCGAAGUUCUCUUCGUGCGCAUCUCGCUCCAUAGGCCGUACCUCCUGCGGAAGCUCUCAUCAGACCGCUAUACGCGGUCUCGCGAAGCUUGCUUCGAGAGCGCGAUUCAGUACUUCAACCUGCGCACGAGCUAUCAGGACCAUGUCCCACGAGAGACGCGCGAAAGUCUACACUCCGCUUACCGCGAAUUCCAGAGCGCUAUGGUCGCGGGCAUUUACCUCUUGCUCAAGCCGCACGGCCGCUUGGCUGGCCGUAUGGAUGCUAUACUUGACGCCUUUCUGAAGGAUCAUGAGGGUGUACGGGAAAUGGACGAGACGACACGGCGCGAGCUACGUAUCAUUGAGUUCUUCAAGGCCAAGAGCAAGCAGAUGGCGGAAGAGGAGGACCAGCCGAUGAGCCCAGAAGGCCCAGAUGCUGAAGCGCAGCUGCUACUUGCUAUUCAGAAUGGCAACAACGUCAGCGGCACAAGCACGCCGCGAGUGAACACCAAAAUUGCCACGGCUUCGUACAAGAGCCCUGCACUGGGCAACGGCGCGAUGGCGGAGGGUACCUCGCCGCUCGCAUCGUCGUUCUUCCCUUCACCCACGCUGAAGCGCCUCAGUGGGGGUGAGCAGACCGGGAGCGCGGGUACGGGCAGUCCCGGUGGCGAAGAUGCGGACCCCGCGCAGCAUCUGCUCGACCAGUGGUACAAUGCCGUGCAGGCCGGCCAGGUCGGUUCCGCCCCGCUUGAUCCUGCGUUUGGUCAGGGCGUGCCAUGGGGUGGCUUCGGUAGCAGCGACGUCAGUGGGUGGUUUGGUGCGGGCGCGCCAUUACAGGCUGUACCGGUGGAAGGUGCCGGUGCGGCCCAAGCGGCGGAUGGUGGGGACUGGACAUACUGGGAGACGCUGGUGAACGAGAUUCGCGGGGCUCCGGUGAAUGGGACGCCUCAUCUGAAUGGCCCUGGUGGCUCGUCAUGA